AUGGUGGUUGGCAAUCACACUGUCAUGGCGGAGGCCUUUGAUAGAUUGGGCGUUCACAAAUUUGAAGUAUCCCGCGAUUCCUAUCCGGAAUUACUGAGACCCUAUCUGAAGCGACCAGUGUGGCGAACGAUCGUGAAACAACUCAAGCGAGCUGCCCGCGACAAUGGGCAAUUCUUACCCCAGCCACUGUUUGUCAAGCCCUACGACUCCCGUUCCUUUACCGGGUGUAUGGUGGCCU